UCCCCUCCUCCUCUUCCUUUUCUCUCACCCUGUUCUCUCAUUGCUAACCCUUGGGUUUUCUUUAACAUCUCCAUUGGUGGAUCCCAGGCUGGUCGCAUCAUCAUGGAACUUUACGCUGACACUACCCCUCACACUGCCAACAACUUCCGUACCCUUUGCACUGGUAAAAAGGGCCCUGGUCGUAGCGGCAAGCCCCUCCAUUACAAGGGUUCCACCUUCCACCACGUCAUCCUAAGCUUCAUGUGCCAGGGUAGCAAUUUCACCUCCGACAAUGGCACCGGUGGCGAGUCCAUCUAUGGAGCCAAGUUUAAAGAUGAGAAUUUCAUUAAGAAGCACACCGGUCUAAGGGUUUUAUCCAUGGCCAACGCUGGUCCCGGCACCAAUGGAUCACAGUUCUUUAUUUGUACUGCCAAGAUGGAGUGGCUCGAUGGUAAACAUGUGGUGUUUGGACAGGUCGUGGAGGGUAUGGAGGUGGUCAAGGCUAUAGAGGCCGCUGGAUCUUCCUCCAGAAAAACCUCCAAGGCCGUCAUCGUUGCCGACUACGGCCAGAUUUCUUGAGCCCACCAUCUUUUCUGUUCAGGAUUAAUAAAUCUCUCAGCGUGACCCCGCCUAGAUUAGAGUUAAGGAUCGUGAGCCAAAUAUAAAAUGCCGGCGCUUCCUGCUUUGUAGUUGGUAGUUAAUGCAGCGGAUCAUAAGACCAGAAUAUUUCAUUAUUAUUAUUGAUCAUUGGAUAAUUAAUGUUAUAGGCAUCAGAGACGGUUUGAGUUCAUGUUAUAGAUUUGUUUAAUUAGUGUUGUUUCUCUA